AUGUCUUCUGCAUCUUCACAACAUUCGGCUCCUUCCAAACAUCCAUCCACUGACAUGGAUGACAAUGGUGUAUCUAGAGUGCACAUUCAUGGAGAUGGCGAUGAAUUUGUCACCAUAAAUGGCCAAAAAUUCUAUCGUCACGAAUUAAUGUCAGCUUUCGGUGGUACUUUGAACCCGGGCGCAAUUCCAUACCCUAAAGUCAAUAUCAACCCUGCUCCAAUUGGUUUAGCUGGUUUCGCUUUAACUACUUUUGUUUUAAGUUUAGUCAAUUCUCGUGCUAUGGGUAUCACUAUUCCUAAUGCUGUUGUUUCCUUGGCUUGUUUUUAUGGUGGUAUGGUACAAUUCUUGGCUGGUUUAUUUGAGUUUGUUACCGGAAACACUUUUGGUUUUACUGCUUUAACCUCUUAUGGGGCUUUUUGGUUGAGUUACGGCGCCAUUUUCAUUGAAAGCUUUGGUAUUGCUGCUGCUUAUGAAAAAAGUGACCAAUUUGCCAAUGCAGUUGCUUUUUUCUUGUUGGGUUGGGCAUUGUUUACGUUUAUUUUGGUGUUGAACACUUUGAAAUCAACUUGGGCCUUUUUCUUGUUAUUUUUCUUUUUGUUUUUGACAUUUUUAUUACUUGCUGGGGGUGAGUUUAGUGGAAGAGUUGGUGUUACUCGUGCUGGUGGUGUCAUUGGUACCAUCACUGCAUUUAUUGCUUGGUAUAAUGCAUUUGCCGGUACUGCCACUAGAGUUAACUCCUAUAUUGUACCACAUCCAUUCCCAAUGCCACAAAAUAUUUCAUUCAAAAAGAGAAAGUAA